AUGGUUGGGGGUACUGUGGUGGCGCAGAGGCAAAGAACGACCCACAUUACAACCGGAAGUCGUGGUUUAUCGCCGGUCAGUUUGACAGCCGUGGCCGCCGGUGAUCAUCCACGGUUUCUCCAGGACAGACUCCGACCUCGCAGCUCCUCCGGGACACGUCCGACCGGCCUCGGGGCUGACUCUGGCUCUGUGGACCCCCCGCGGUCCUCCACCUGCCCCGGCGUCCUCCUCCGCUCCGACCCGCUCCCAGUCUGCGGGGUUAGCAGCUUUUUAGCAUCUGCAGGCAGCGUCUCCUCCGGCUGUUUUUACGUCUGCUCCUCUGACCAGGAGGUUUCGGCUCCGGCUCUGGAGGCUUUGGACCCGGAGAAUAAACAGACGCAUUUACAUUCAGACGGCGUGGCUGGCUGCUGGAAGGCUGCGGAGCCUGAACGACCUGCAGCCGCAGCUGCAGCAGCAGCAGCAGAUCUACUGGUGCCACACGGAGGUUUUCUGGAAAGGCUGACCUUCAGCAUUCCUGGAAAGAUUCACAAAUACCCACAUGGAUGUCUGAUAAUCGAUCUCCUGACUUUACUGGAAGCCUGGAGUUUCAUGAGCGACUGGUUACUGGUAGACCUGCGUCUGUACAGGCGAGUUGGGCAAAGUGGACACUCUGAGAUUUCUAACAUCGCCGCUGCUCAAUGAACACCAGGCACAGCUGGAGAAAACAAUUAAAUUAGUGCAUCAAAUGAAGCUUAGCACACAUAAAACCAGACGCACGCAGUCCCGCUGAAGGACAGAUGCUGCCCCCACCCCGCCUCGCAUCAUCCUCUCAAAUCCAGCCGCAGGGAAGAUGAGAUUUGGAUCCGACCGAUUUGUUCGCUCACUCGCUGCUUCGUUCCUGGCCAAAACGUCGGAAGUGUCGCUGUGAGGCGCCGCUGCAGUGAGCAUGAUCUACUGCUACCGCUGUGCUUUCCAGUUUUUCCCCCCAUGGGGACAAAGAUGAAGAGAAUCUGAACUACUUUGGAUCUUAUGUGAGGAGAUUUGAGCUAAAAAAAAAAUACUCAAAAAUAUCGAGGCGUGUAGAGAACCCAAAAAUUGUACCCAAAUAAGAGUAAAAAGUAAAAAGUAUCCGUCCAAGACAUUACGCAAGUAAAAGUAAGUAAAGUAUUUGGUAAAAAGUCUGCUUAGGUGCUGAGAAACCCAUAAAAAAUGAUUUAAUGUAAAGAAGAUCAUCAUCAAACAGACCAAGUGGAAAUGUUGGUAUUGUAAAAAUCAAAAUAUCAAUAAUUCAUAUAAAUAACAUUACAAAAUCAGGUAGAAGAAA